UAAAAGACAGAACACCAGAGGUACUAGAUGUCGAUAGAGGUUAGGCAAUAAUAUGAAUGUGAAUUGUGAUAUAUUUAUAUGAAAACGUUGUUAAUACUAAGUAUAUAACAUAACUUUAUAUAUAAAAACGAAACGAAUAUACGUUAAUUUUGUUACAUUAAUACAUUACAGUCAAUUUUUAGUUACCAUGUACAGAAGUGUUUUGUUUAGCAGGUUGUUUGUAAGACAGUAUAAAAAUGACUUAACACAAAUAUUAGAAUCAAGGAAAUGCUUUUCAAAUGACUUUUAUAAUAAGAAAAGCUUUAUGAGACAAAUAUCUACAUCACACAUAACAUUGAAGAAAAGAAAAUCUAUUGAGGAGAGGCAUAUAGAAAACCAAGGCAGAAGAGUUAUCAGGUAUUCCCCUAAGGCUGGUUCGGAGGUGGUCGGGAUAUGGAAGAAUAUGACUGUCAAGGAGAUAUCUGAUGUACUUCAGAAGGAUGUCGAGCAUAUUUACAAUGCAUUGCAGUUUGCGGACAAGAACUCCGAAGUUGUUUAUAAAGAGGACACCGUUAUACACAAUCCACAAAUAGUCAGGGAUGUGGUAAAGAUAUCGGGAUAUAGAUUUAAAAUAGUUCCUCGACCUGAUGAAGAGAAAGAUGAAGAAAUUGACAGAGAUGCCUAUCCCGCUCCACCGGCCCCAGCCGAGGCUCUCCGACCUCGUCCCCCCGUAGUGUGUGUCAUGGGUCAUGUAGACCACGGCAAGACCACACUGCUCGACUCCCUCAGAGACACCUCAGUGGUCGAUUCUGAGUUCGGAGGCAUCACUCAACACAUUGGUGCAUUUGAAGUGAAGCUGUCUUCUGGUGAUAGGGUGACGUUCUUGGAUACGCCGGGACAUGCGGCGUUCACGGCGAUGAGGUCCCGGGGCGCGCGGGGAGCGGACAUAGUGGUGCUGGUGGUGGCCGGGGACGAUGGGGUCAUGGAGCAGACGGUGGAGAGCGUUCGAAUGGCCAGGGACGCGGACGUCCCGAUCUUGGUGGCUAUCAAUAAGAUGGACAAGCCGGGUGUUGACAUUGAGAGGACUCUUCACUCGCUCGCUCAGCACGGUAUAGUGUGUGAGGCGCUGGGCGGAGACGUGCAGGCUAUACCGAUAUCGGCGCUGAAGAAACAGAACCUGGAUACGUUGGUGGAAGCGCUCAUCCUGCAGGCACAGCUCAUGGAGCUGAAGGCGGACCCCGGGGGGCCAGUGGAGGGGGUCGUCAUCGAGGCUCUCGUGGACCCACGGACUGGUAAACAGGCGACGGUGUUGGUGCAGCGAGGGUGUCUGCGGAGGGGAGCCGUGCUGGUGGCGGGCCAGGGGUGGGGGAAGGUACGCCUCCUACAAACGUCCGAAGGCCUGCCCACUGAUGUCGCUGCGCCCUCGACCCCUGUCCGCGUGCUCGGCUGGAGGGAGAUGCCCUCCGCAGGGGAUUACGUCAUUGAGGUCGAUUCAGAGAAAAGAGCCAACGAGGUUAUGAGGUGGCGCAGCAACCAGCGCAUGAAGGAAAAGCAAGCCGUCGACAGCGAAGCGAUAUCCGUGAAGGAGAUCAGUCACCGCGAGGAGUACCAGAGACAGCUAGCGGCGAAGCGAGCUCUGGGACGGAUGAAGACGAGGCAGCAGGGACCGCGCCAGAAGAUGAUCCAGGAGGACGGACAUCCCGCCUUACACGUGCUCGUCAAAGGUGACGUGGACGGCUCUGUGGAGGCUCUGCUUGACAUUCUGGAGACUUACGACGAGAGUCGCGUGAAGAUGGAACUGGUGCACUUCGGAAUCGGACAAGUGACGCCCGGGGAUAUUGAGAUAGCCGAGGCGUUCGGCGCUGUGAUAUACGCGUUCAACGUGGAGGUGCCGCCGUCUGUGGCCGUGGAAGCCAAAAAUAAUAACAUACAAAUAAAGAGACACAACGUUAUAUACAAACUGGUCGACGACAUCAAGGACGAGAUCAGCGCCCGGAUACCCACCACGCUCACCGAGGAAGUCGUGGGUGAAGCGAACGUUUUGCAGCAGUUCCUGGUUGGUGAAGGUCGGCGGCGGGUGCCGGUCGCCGGCUGCCGCUGUGUGAGAGGCGUGCUACAGCGAGCGGCGCUGUAUAGACUUAUAAGGGGACAGGAAAUUGUUUAUGAGGGUAAACUGGCUUCAAUGAAACACCUCAAGGACGAAGUGACUACUAUAAAGAGAGAUAUGGAGUGCGGGCUGAGGUUGGAGGACCCGUCCGUCACCAUCCAGCCCGGAGACACCAUCCAGUGUUAUAAGAUGGUGGAAGAGACACACACCACCAGCUGGGACCCCGGCUUCUAGAAAUAUAAUAUACAACUACUA